UAUCGUCUGGCAUCGAUGACAAUGGGAUAAGGCAUCUGUUACUGUGCCGCGUGAUAUUAGGGAACACGGAAGUGGUACAUCCUGGAUCGAAGCAAAUCCAACCAAGUUCUACAGAAUUUGAUUCUGGAGUAGAUUAUCUGUUAUCGCUGAGACGAUAUACAAUUUGGAGUCCCUAGUCUCCCUACAUGAAUUCGCACAUUUUUCCGAAUUACGUUGUCAGUUUCAGAGCUCUCCGGGUUACUAGUUUUGAAAGAAUUUGGAGGUCUGUAGUCGGACCUAGUUCGCCAUACAUGACGUUUCCUACUUUGUUGUCCAUGCUUUCGAGAUUCUUACCUCGUUCGAAGAUGGUUUUGAUUACCAAUUUCUAUAGUGCCUACAGAAAAAAUAAGCUUUCCUGUAUCCAACUGAUACAAAAAAUGAGGCGACUAGCCGGAGACAAGCUUUUAAUCGCCGUAAUCAAAUUUGAUAGGAAAAAGCAACUCCAGGCAAGAAUUAGAUCUUCAGCUUCAGCAGAUUUAAAUAGUGCAAAGAGAUGUGCAGCAGGUGCUUGAGUGGCCGAAAGGGAAACUGGCUUCGUCCCGUGUUGCUUUCAACCUUGCAGAUCAUACCCUAGCAGCGUUCAUAUUCGUAGUCUUCCGCAGAUUUUUUGCAAUUGUUAUGGUUAAGGAAAAAUUGUGCGUUUUGAUCCAUUUGUUCUGCUCCA